GACCAAAGCCGGUCGCAAUGCCUGUCGGGAUUGAGGCCUGGAUAGUCCAAAUACCGCCAAUAACAAGAGGAUGGCUGGUACUGUCGGUUCUGACUAGUUUGGCCGUUCAAUGCCAGCUAGUCACCCCAUUACAGCUGUACUUCAGCUUCAAGUCUGCUUUCAUUAACGUGCAACCGUGGAGGGCGUUGACCACGUUCUUCUAUUUCGGGACAUUGUCACUCGACUUCAUCUUUCAUAUGUUCUUCUUCAUGCGGUACAGCCGCAUGCUUGAAGAGUCGUCCUUUGCAAACCGCAAAGCAGAUUACUUCUGGCUGCUCUUCCUCUCCUCUCUAAUGCUCCUCGCCCUUUCCCCGCUGUUCAACCUCCCCUUCCUCUCUUCUCCCUUAGCCUUCGUCCCCAUAUACCUCUGGUCGAGACGACACCCAUCCACCCCGAUAUCCCUCUUCGGUCUCAUCACCAUAACUGCACCCUACCUACCCCUGGCUCUCGUCGGUUUUUCGUGGUUGCUUAAUGGUACGUGGCGAGCAGCAGCGGGCGACCUCGUGGGAUGCGCGGUCGGGCAUAUUGGGUGGUUCGUGAGGGACGUGUGGACGCGGGAGAUGAUCGGGGGUCCGACCGUUCUCAGCGAACCUCCUCAGAGAGUGAAACGUUUAUUCGGUGAAGACUAGAUAUUGGAACUGUUUGGUUUGUCUUGUAGCUAUAUGCCACUAAUCCUCGUUGAAGAGUUGUAUUCUUGAUAUCGCCCCCGGGGACGCAUCCACUCCUACCUCAAGCGCCC